AUGAAUGUUGCCGACAUUGCCACUAGAGACAACUGCACCCUAUCUGUACUGCAAGGAGAAUGGUUUUAUGGACCUCAAUUUCUAUAUGAGAAAAAAGAGAUGUGGCCAAUUGACAUGCAACCUGGCAUCUGUGAGAAAGACCUGGAAUAUGUUAACCUUAUAACAACUAAAUGCGACUUACCUGCUGUACCGAACCCAGAACGAUUUUCUUCAUGGACACGCCUACUGAAAGCAACAUGUACAGUUUUAUUAUUCAUUAAUAAAUGUAGAAAACUUACCUCAGAAGUCGACAGAGAGAUGUUGAGCCGAGCUGAGCGCCUGUUGAUCCGCUACUCGCAGUCGCAGUCGUUUCACGAUGAUCUGGAACACCUGAAAAAUAAAAAGCAAUUAGAAAAGAAAAGUAGAAUACUUACCUUGUCUCCCUUCGUCGAUGAGCACGGGCUUCUUCGCGUCGGUGGCCGCAUCAGCGCCGCUCCUGGAGUACCUCACGAGACGAAGCAUCCCUUGAUCCUUGAUGGCCGCAGUCACCUGGCACAGCUGAUCGUGAGAGCUUAUCACGUCAAGUUCGCACAUGCAAAUCAAGAAACUCUAGUUAAUGAGAUCAAACAAAUAUACUGGAUUACACGUCUACGUCCAACCAUCAAACAUGUAGUCUCGAAAUGCAUGCUGUGCAGAAUAAAAAGAGCUCAACCACAGCCGCCCAGAAUGGGUGAUCUACCUGAAGCACGUAUGGCGCACCAUCAGCGACCUUUUUCAUUUUGUGGUGUUGAUUUAUUCGGCCCAAUGGAGGUGACAGUUUGUAGACGGAGGGAGAAGAGAUAUGGUGUACUGUUCACAUGUAUGACUGUCAGAGCUGUACACAUUGAAAUUGUUACUAAGCUUACCUCGGACGCGCUCAUAAUGGCCCUCAGGCGCAUGGCUUCUAGACGUGGAUGGCCUGUACAACUGUUUUCAGACAAUGGCACAAACCUGAGAGGUGCAGACACGGAGUUGAAACGCUCAAUUAAAGAACUCGACGAGGACAUGUUGAAACGAGAGGCCAUCAACUAUGGCACUGUAUGGAAUUUCAUCCCUCCCAUCAGCCCACACUGGGGUGGGGCAUGGGAACGAAUGAUUCGAAGCGUAAAAGAAUCGCUUAAAGUCGUUUUACGUGAGCGAGCUCCCCGAGACGAAGUAUUGAGCACGCUGAUGGCUGAAGUCGAGCAGAUGGUGAACAGCCGCCCACUGUCGCACGUAUCAGUAGAGCCCCACAGCGACGAAUCUCUGACCCCAAACCAUUUUUUACUCGGAUCAUCAUCUAAGCUACCUGUACUCGGAACCUAUGACGACACAGAUUUACAUCUCCGAAAGCAGUGGCGAACCUCGCAACGCCUUGCUGAUUUAUUUUGGCAACGCUGGGUGAAGGAGGUCCUGCCUGAAAUGAGACCGAGAAGAAAAUGGCAUGAAGAUCAGAGACAGCUACAAGUAGGAGACCUAGUACUGAUUGUGGACCCGACCUCCCCUCGUAACGUAUGGCCACGAGGACGCAUUCAGAAAGUUAUGCCUGGCAAAGACGGACGGGUCAGAGUUGUCGAGAUAAAUACCAAGACUGGUAUCCUUCAGAGGUCUGCAACGCGCGUCGCUAGAAUUCCGACAGAAGAGUGCUGA